AUGAAGUUGGAAGCACAGACGUUAUAUGACAGCAUUGACCAAUCGGUCGAUGGCCCAGAAGAGUAUCAUCCACCGUUGUCUCCGGCAUCGGGAGCGGAAUCUCUCUUUUUGGCAGGAUUGACGACCUCCUUUUCUCCCGAUGAUUUGUCUAAACAAUUGCGUAAAAAUCAAUCUGCGUCGUCUUCUGUUUCUUUGAAUACCACUGCCACUGACGAUUUCAUGACUGCUGCUGGAACUGUUGAUGACCUCUUUAUGGAUUUGCCACGCGAACGAUUUGCAAUACCUGAAAUGGAUGACGAAGACGAAGAUAUGAUGGCCAAGAAAAAGAGUAAUAAAACCACGAUGCCGCCAAAAGAACCUCUUAACACCACUACCACUGAAUCGCAUCCGGAUGCUGCAGCUAAUGUUUACGAAGGAGCGAAGGGAGUCUGGGCCUGGGGAAAAGGCGUAGCUGUCUUUUCUCCAUUUAUGGGAAUGGCAGAAGCUGUCGCUGGGAAGGCACUCGAAGUUGCUGGAACUAACAUGGAAGCCUUGGACUCUAACAUCAAGCCUCAACUCAGGAACUUUGAUUCUGGUAUUUUGAAUCCCGCCAUUGAAAAGGUAACGGAAGUCAUGUUGGGGGCUGCUGGAAAGGCGGAAGAAAUUGUCAAGCCAAUCUUUGUUUUGAUCCUUUCGCCCUUUAAGAUGUUGGAACAACAACCUUCCAGUGAGACACCCGAAGUUACAAACUAA